CUCUCUGUGUCUUUAACCCUUUUGGGGGAUUAAGUGAAGAAUCCUCAAUAAGAAAACUGUUUUGAACUUUUUGUCUUUAGAAGCAAGUGUGGUUUUGUCAAAGAAUGAACUGUGGCCUGUGUGCAGGUCUGCCAUCAAGAAGGGAAAAUGAUUAUUUAAGAAAGUACCAAGAGAUUCAGGAAUGGAAGGGAGAAAAUCGGAGUGUAAAAUAUGCAAAAAGCCCUUAGUGUGCACUGUUGCUUUGAAGGGAAAUGGGAGACAGUUGCUAACAAAUCUGUAAUAAAAAUAGUUUUACAGAAAUGAAGAUUGGCUCUAUAACCCAUUGAUCUUUUCAGCCUCUACACUUUAUGCUUCUGAAGUCACAUGAAAUAAUUAUUUCAGUAGUCUCCUCCUUUUUCUGAAACUGUGCCCUGUUAGAGUUUUGUCACUUGUGAGAUUUCCUUCUCAUACAUUUUGCCUCCACUGCGUGUUAACAUGGUUAUGCUUGAAUUAGCUCUGAGUAAGAGACCCUAGGGACUGGCAAGAGUCUCAUGGUGGUAAGAUGGAUCUUGGUGCUGAGUAAUUUAUUAGGUUUUUUUGUCAGGCUCAGAUGUGAAUGUGAUCUUUAUGUGGUCAGGAUAUGUGUAAAAACUUGAAUAAUGCUGUUUGGCCAGGAGGUCAGGGUUCCAAUUGUUAUGGCUAUGCAUGCGUGUCGUGGUUUAACCCCAGCCAGCAACUAAGCACCACGUAGAUGCUCACUGUGCCAUCUCAAAUUUCAUAGCACCUGAAACUGUUUCAGGAUAGAAUCAUUGGAGCCUACCUACCAUGCCAGUAACUUGCUAGAUUUGCUUGAAAUUGUUAUUGUCAAUUCAUUUUCUUUGACAAGUGUUUUAAUUCAAGACUGCUGUAAAAUCAGAUUUGAGAGUGGAAGAGCAAGGGUAGGAGGAAGAACCAACAAAUGGUAAGGAGUGGGAAAAGACAGAGUCGUCCUUGGCAGCAUUUAUUCUGCUCCUUUUUGGAGGAUUAGAAUCUGUUAUUUCCAUGGGGUGCUUUUGUCAUUCUGAUUCCCUUUUAAGAUUUUUCUCUUUUGGUGCAGUUAAUAGUUGUGCAUGUUGAUGAUGGUAAUGCUGCAGCAGCCUCAGGGAAUACAUACUUACAGUUUCUAUGCAAUAUUAUUUUUCUCUUUAGUAUUUUCAUAACAGCUUUACUAGUAUAUUUGCAUUUGUUUAAAAGAAAAUAUUUGCUAAGUCAUUCAAUACAAAGUUGCAUCAAAUACUAAUAAGAAAUGGGUUUUUUUUACCUUUACAAUUUUUCUGUGGUACAUCAUCAUAUUAUCACGACUGUGCCUGCAGUUUAGGUAUUGGGAAACAGCUACACAGUCUUGCAAGCUAGAAGGUAUGCAAGUGGAUGACUGACUGUUGGAGCAGCUGGCACAUUUAAAUACGUAAAUAUAGUGGUGAUUGGUUUUCCUUUUUUUUUUUCCUUUUCUUAGAAGAACAGAAACAAAAACAUUUUUUGAGGUGAAGAGAAGAUGAGGUGGAAGGAUUGUUAUCAGAUCAAUGACAAUAAAAGAAUGGAAAAGGACAGACAACUGUGGUUGGGUUGUCCAGCUGUACUGUUAGGAGGAUUUGGGGGAAAGAAGAGAAGAAACCCCUGAAAUAUGGCUAAGGGAUUAUGCUAUAGGGAGAGAACAAGAGGAAAGCAAAGUCUAGUCACAUCAAUGUCUGGGAGCUUUGUCAUAGUCUUAUGUGAGGUCUGGACUCUUCCUUUGGGUUUGAAGGAGGUGGGAAGGGAGAAGGAAAAAGAAAGUAGGCUUAGAGGGAUGUAGGAAAGUACUGUAUGAUCUCAGUGUAGUGGUAGGCUGGAAGUGGCAAAAGAUGCAACAAAACUUGGAGGAGGCCAGUGACUGUGACCCUUAAGUAACUCACUGAUCACCAGCAUGGAAGUUAAAACCAGCAAAGGUCAUUUGAAAGUCCAUAAAAUGAAGAAGAAGGUAUUGAGGAAGCAAGUCAGAGCUCAGCAUACAUUGAUGAGACAUGAGGGCAUUGAAUGUAUCUCCCAUGCCACACAGAGCCUGGUUAUUGCCAAUGCUGGUCUUGGUAAUGGGAUGAGUAGACAGCAGCUGCUCAGAAUGGUAGAAGAAUAUGGUUUGGUGGAAACACUCUUAAUGCCACCGAAUAAACCAUAUUCAUUUGUGAAAUAUGGGACAACAGAAGAAGCCAAGAAAGCCUUUGAUGCCCUUAAUGGAAAAGAAGUAACACUGGAAGACUUUGGCCAAAACAUUGUUCUAUAUAUUAAUUUUGUGGAAAAAGUUUUCUUGCAGAAUGCUGUUCCUACAAGCUUGCCUCCAGGCCUAAUGGUCAUUGAAAAGAUUAUUUCUCCAGAGGAGGAAAGGAGGAUGUUGGAAAGUAUUGACUGGAUAGGAGAUGAAGAUACUCAAAAUGCCCAGAAGACUUUAAAGCAUAGAAGAGUAAAACAUUUUGGAUAUGAGUUUUGCUAUGAUAACAACAAUGUUAAUAAAGACAAACCUUUACCUGGAGGUCUUCCUGAAAUUUGUGACCUAUUCUUGGAGAAGUGCUUGAAGCAGGGUUAUAUCAAACAUAAACCUGAUCAACUGACUGUAAAUCAGUAUGAACCUGGACAAGGAAUUCCUCCUCAUAUUGAUACACAUUCCGCUUUUGAGGAUAAAAUAAUCUCUCUCAGUUUAGGAGCUGAGAUUGUGAUGGAUUUCAAACACCCUGAUGGCCAUACAGUGGCAAUUAUGCUGCCCCGAUGCAGUUUAUUGGUGAUGGCUGGAGAAUCCAGAUACCUGUGGACACAUGGGAUUACACCCCGAAAAUAUGAUAUCAUUCAAGCAUCUGAGCUUGGGCAAAAAGUUGGAACAAUCACUGCUGAUGUUGGAGAUUUGACACUAAAUCGCAGGGAAACAAGGACAUCAUUUACAUUCAGGAAAGUGAGGAGAAGCCCUUGCAAUUGCAUUUACCCAUCUGUCUGUGACAGCCAGAAAGGACAGCAAAGACAGGUACAACCUUCAUUUCCCCACAAUGACAUGGAGGCCUCGAAGCUGGAGCAAGAAUAUGUACACAAGGUGUACGAAGAAAUUGCCACACACUUCAGCAGUACCAGGCAUAGCCCAUGGCCCCGAAUUGUAGAGUUUCUCAGGUCCCUACCAAAAGGGUCAAUAGUAGCUGAUGUUGGUUGUGGUAAUGGGAAAUAUCUAGGCAUCAACAAGGAUUUGUACAUGGUUGGCUGUGAUCGCAGCAAAAACCUGGCGGAUAUUUGUGGAGAAAAAAAUUUCCAGGCUUUUGUCUGUGAUGCCCUGUCGGUGCCAAUCCGCAGUGGUUCUUGUGACGCCUGCAUCUCUAUUGCUGUAAUCCACCAUUUCUCAACAGCGGAGAGGAGACUGGCUACUAUCUGUGAACUAGCCCGGCUUCUAAGACCUGGUGGAACGGCACUCAUUUAUGUCUGGGCAAUGGAACAAGAAUACAAAAACCAGAAGUCUAAAUACCUUAAGGAAAAGAAUGAUAGUAAAGACAAAGAGGAGGAAAUCAAUAUUGGCGGAGCCCAGAGACCACUUAGCGAUCAAAUGCCUGAUAGCAGCAGCCAAGACUCAGCGUGUUCUGACCGACUUCUUAAUGACUUGAACGAUGAAGGCUGUGCUGCAAAGUUAGUAGCAGACUCCAGACUGCCUGUUCACACUAACCGAACCUCCUUUCACUCUCAAGACUUGCUAGUUCCCUGGCACCUGAAAGGUGGCACUAAAAAGAAAGGGGAAAGCAUUGAUACAGUGUUGUCUCCAGCUGGCUCCAAGGAAUCACAAGAGCUCAGCCCUGUUUUCCACCGCUAUUACCAUGUGUUUUGUGAAGGGGAACUGGAAGCAGCAUGCAGAUCCCUGGAUUGUGUGAGGGUUCAAAAGAGUUACUAUGAUCAGGGAAACUGGUGUGUGGUUCUAGAAAAGUUGUAGCCUGUGGUGUUUCCUCCACUAUCUGUGGCGUUUUGUUUGUUUUUUACAGCAUGAAAGGUAUUUCUAAUGCAGGCUACAGCUAUUACCUCUUUUAAAAUUGCAGAAUAAAGAUUGUUUAUUGAGUUAAUAACA